GAGGGGCGGCGGCGCAGCAGGGCUCGGGGUCUGUGCGACCUGCGGAGCCACCCACCCGCGUCCAUAAGGCUUUGCCUUUCCGACUUCAGCUACAGUGUUAGCUAAGUUUGGAAAGAAGACUACGAGGAGACCCCCGGGCAGUUUCUCUUUUGCCUUUUACCGUAGCCGUCACUGGGGUCUGCCUGGACGAGGCUGUUGGGUUUGCAGCGGUGCCAUCGCCAGGUCCCGGGGCUCUGCUUAGCGAGCGCCUCGACGAGGGCCGAAGCAGCGGCAACCGGCAGCGGAAAGCAGGAGAGCGAGAGCCCGGUGUCAUGAGCAGGGCCGGAGAGCAAGGCCGCCGGGGAGGAUGCUGCGGAGCCUUUGCAAACUACCUGACCUCGGCCAAAUUCCUUCUCUACCUUAGUCACUCUUUCUCCACUUGGGGGGAUCGCAUGUGGCACUUCGCAGUAUCCGUGUUUCUGGUAGAGCUCUAUGGAAACAGUCUCCUCCUGACGGCAGUGUAUGGGCUGGUGGUGGCAGGGUCUGUUCUGGUCCUGGGAGCCAUCAUCGGUGACUGGGUGGAUAAGAAUGCCAGGCUGAAAGUGGCCCAGACUUCCCUGGUGGUGCAGAAUGUUUCAGUCAUCGUAUGUGGAGUCAUCCUGAUGAUGGUUUUCUUGCAUAAAAAUGAGCUCCUGACCAUGUACCAUGGAUGGGUCCUCACUUCCUGCUAUAUCAUGAUCAUCACUAUUGCAAAUAUUGCGAACUUGGCCAGUACUGCUACCGCGAUAACAAUCCAGAGGGACUGGAUCGUUGUUGUCGCAGGAGAGAACAGAAGCAAGUUAGCAGAUAUGAACGCUACCAUUCGAAGGAUUGACCAGCUAACCAACAUCUUGGCCCCCAUGGCUGUGGGUCAGAUUAUGACAUUUGGGUCCCCAGUCAUUGGCUGCGGCUUCAUCUCGGGAUGGAAUUUGGUGUCCAUGUGUAUGGAGUACUUUCUGCUCUGGAAGGUCUACCAGAAAACCCCUGCCCUGGCAGUGAAGGCUGCUCCUAAGGGAGAGGAAGCUGAAUUGAAACAGCUGAAUUUACGCAAAGAUACUGAGCCAAAACCUGUGGAGGGGUCUCAUCUGAUGGGCGAGAAAGACCCCAACAUCCGUGAACUUGAACACGAGCAAGAGCCCACCUGCACCUCCCAGAUAAUGGAGCCCUUCCGCACUUUCCGAGACGGAUGGGUCUCCUACUACAACCAGCCGGUGUUCCUGGCUGGCAUGGGUCUUGCUUUCCUUUAUAUGACUGUCCUGGGCUUUGACUGCAUCACCACUGGCUACGCCUACACUCAGGGGCUGAGCGGGUCCAUCCUCAGCAUCUUGAUGGGCGCGUCGGCUAUCACUGGCAUAAUGGGAACGGUGGCUUUUACCUGGCUGCGUCGGAAGUGUGGACUGGUUCGGACCGGUCUGAUCUCAGGCUGGGCCCAGCUCUCCUGUUUGCUCCUGUGUGUGAUCUCUGUGUUCAUGCCCGGAAGCCCCUUGGACUUGUCCGUUUCUCCUUUUGAGGAUAUUCGUUCCAGGUUCGCUCAAGGAGAACCAGUGUCCACAACCACCAGAAUACCCGAGACCAUCUUCCCCACCGAGCCGCACGUGUCCAACGGGUCUGAUGCCGGGGGCGCCAUCCUGGAGAUGAGCACCAAGCCCGUGCCCAUCAUCUCUGUGAGCCUGCUUUUCGCAGGCGUCAUUGCUGCUAGAAUCGGUCUUUGGGCCUUUGAUUUAACUGUGACACAGUUGCUGCAAGAGAACGUAAUUGAGUCUGAAAGAGGCAUUAUAAACGGUGUACAGAACUCCAUGAACUAUCUCCUCGAUCUUCUGCACUUCAUCAUGGUCAUCCUGGCUCCGAAUCCCGAAGCUUUCGGCCUGCUCGUGUUGAUUUCAGUCUCCUUUGUGGCAAUGGGCCAUGUUAUGUAUUUCCGAUUUGCCCACAAAACUCUGGGCAACCAGCUCUUUGUUUGUGGUUCUCAGGAAAAAGAAGUUUCAGAUGAAAAUCAAACCAAUGCCUCUGUUGUGUAAGACAGUUUAGCCGUUGCUGUCCUUGUUACUAGAUUAUAUGGAGCACAUGUGCUUAUUUUGUACUUCAGAAUUCCAAUAAAUGCCUGGGUGUUUCUCUCUGGUUUUACCACAGCUAUGCCUGGGGGGCUAAGAGCUAGUCAGGAAAUCUAAAUCAGCAUACAUGAGCUGGUUAAUUUCCCUUCCAUUUAGGUAUGGAAAAAAAAUGUUUAAGUAUAGGGAGACUAUAGUGAUUAAAGUGAAUUUUCUAUUCUUCUGAGUAGAUGAAAUUUUACAUUAAACAGUGGUUAAACAUGUGAAUUAGAUUAUUCAUUGGCAGAUAUUUAUUAUCUGUACUAGAAUUCAGGUAAGUCAGUUUUCCCUAAAACUCACUCUUGCUCAAACCUGGCUAAUUAAUUUGUUUUAUGUCUUACUUGUCAGUUACAUGAUAAAACCAAGUUCUCCAAGUAUGAAGAUUACUGUUUGAUAAACCAGUAUUGUCCCUAUUGAUCCUAUUGAUCUGAAGGGAUUUGAUGUAUGGAAAAAUGAAACACUUAGCUAGAAUUCUCUACUAACGUUUAUGGUUUAACUUUAGAGAGCACUUUUAUAUUUUUAUUAUCAAAUAGGCAAAAUAUUGUAUUAAGCAUAUGUAGCUCUUCGUAUAAUGGCUAUCAUGUAAGCUACUGGUAGAAGCAAAGCUGCAAAGUAGAUUUGUAAAGCAGUGAAUGUGUAAGGAGUUUAAAUGUGUCAGUAGUUUGCCAUAGAAACUAGAAGCUAAAAGCUAACCACAGGAGUGUGAUCCUAAUUUGACCCGUGCCACUAUCAUUCGUAAUACAUCUCCUAUACUAUGGGAGAGAGGGCCUUUGGCCUGGCACGUUACGUACAGAAAGAUACCCAUACUUGGGAAGGUUUUGUUCUAGAAAUCAUUUGAAUUACUUUUUAUAUACUCGGGUAGAACACUUAUGCCCAGAUGUUAUCUUUACAUUGUUCUAGAGCAAGAAUUGCAGAAAAGUCUUCCUUUUAAAUCUCUUUGAAAAGAAUAGACCAAAAAAUAUUUGUACCUGUUUUAAAAAACUGUUUUACAAGUCCGUUCACAACAUGCCAGUACCAGCAAGGUACCUUGCCUUAACCUCUCAUGCACUUUCAUGGAGACUGCAAUACAUUGCUAUGUGCACUUUCUUUAUCUUUCAGGUUUAUCCUUUCUCUUCAUCUUUCUACAGUAUGACGUAAUGAGUUGCUAUGUUGUAAAAUCUUUGUAAAAUAUUUCUAUAUAAAGAUAUUUUUAAAA